AUUUUAGUUUUAUUUAUAAUUAUAACAAUUAAUUACAGCAACAUUUGAUAAAUAAAUUUUCCAUAAAAGUUUUCAAUAUUUAAAAGACUUCUGCAACUAUUUCUAUAUUGCGUCACUACUUAAUUGUAAUGCUUAUGGAUCGAUGAUAUCUUGAUUGUUAUCCUUGCUGCUUUUAGCUGAAAUAAAAAAAAUAUGUGUCAUAGACGAGGAUAAUUAGGUGUUCAAUAAUUGUGCUUGAUUGCUCAAUAGAUUAAUAUAAUUUGUACAAACAUUAUUAUUUAUAAUAAAACGAGACAUUCUGAAGAAACAUAAGUACAUUAGAUAGAAAUAUAAUGAAACUUUUUGUACAUUGUAGGAGAGUGAAAUCAUUAGUUAUCUAUACAAAGUAGUGCAGUGAUUCCUUCGUACGAAGUAUAUAUGAAUGAUGAAUUACUGUCGUUUUCGUUUUCUGACACGCAGCGGUCCUGACGCAGAACUGUAGACGCGACUUUACCUCACGGAUGAAUCGAUGGUCCGACGGCCGAUAGUCCGUGCUGAGCAGGAAAAAGGGAUUCAUGAGAGAUUCGUUGGUGGUUGUGAUAGAAGAAUCCGAUUCGUCUAUUUUGGGUAUAUUAAAUGACGCGGUCCCAGAAGCAGAACGGAAUUUCGCUAAUGAUAUGAUUACCGUUCAUGUUUCUACCGUUAUAGUGAAUCGUGAGAAUGUAGACGCAAGUUUCGAAAAAGUCUGCGCCAUUCUUUACAAAGGGAUAAGUAUUAUACUAGAUAUGACGUGGACUGGUUGGGACAAACUACGAAAUGUCGCGGACGAGAGAGGGAUAAUAUAUAAACGUGGCGACUGCAGUAUAAGUCCAUAUAUUCAAGCGAUUGAUGAUCUUUUAAUUAUGAAAAAUGCAACAGACGUCGGUUUGAUCUUUGAAGAUGAAAGAGAGCUAAAUCAAAGCCUUUAUUAUCUUAUCGGAAAUUCGAUUAUUAGAUUGGUAGUCAUUGAUGAAUUGACAGAAAGAACUGUGACGAAAGUACGAAGUAUGCGACCGUCACCAUCUUAUUAUGCUAUUUAUGCUAGCACAGCGAAAAUGGAAGAACUAUUUAAAACAGCUAUUGGAGGAGGACUCGUUAAACGAGAUGGUAUUUGGAAUUUAGUAUUUACAGACAAUAGUUACCACGAAUUUCGAUAUAUUACCGGUGAUCUUCAACUAAAUGUUUCAUUCACCAUUCUUAGUAUGAAGGCAGACAUUUGUUGUCGUUUAAUGGGCGAUGUAUCUUGCACCUGUCCUACAAAUUUUAAGAUAUUUCCAUACUAUUUUAAACGUUUGAUUGGCUUGAUCGUAAGCUUGAUGAGUGACGUUCAAAGAGCGGGUGUAAGUGUAGCUGCAAAGACAGGCCAAUGUGAUAAACCUGUUAGUCCUACUUCAGUUUCAAACAUUACAGUGGAAACGUUCAACAAAAUUUUAAUGACAAGAUUGGACAGUAACGAUACUUUCGAAUAUUGGUCAGAGAAGGCGAUGAUCACUUACAAAGCGGAGAUUGAGUUACAAAUGGUUAAUCAUGGUUAUGUAGAUAUGCUCGCGACUUGGACGAGACGUACAAAAAUUAAAGAAGCGGACGGGAGGAAAAUAGAACCAGCCAGGCGAUUCUUCCGGAUUGGAACGGCACCAGCAGUUCCAUGGUCUGUAACUAAGAAAGAUCCAGUGACUGGCCAAGAAUUACGUAACGAGGAAGGAAAGGAAAUCUGGGAAGGUUACUGUAUAGAUUUUGUGCAAAAAUUAUCAGAAGAGAUGCAGUUCGAUUACGAUCUUAUUAUUCCUGAAGAUCGAGAAUUUGGCAAAAAGUUGUCUAAUGGUGAAUGGACCGGUCUAAUAGGUGAUCUGGCUAAAGGAGAAACUGACAUUGCUAUAGCGGCAUUAACAAUGACAUCGGAACGAGAAGAAGUUAUCGAUUUUGUCGCACCAUAUUUUGAGCAAACCGGUAUACUAAUUGUAAUGAGAAAGCCAGUUCGUAAAACAUCCCUAUUUAAGUUUAUGACCGUACUGAGACUUGAAGUCUGGCUUAGUAUAGUGGGUGCUUUAACUUUGACUGCUAUUAUGAUUUGGAUAUUAGAUAAAUAUUCACCAUACAGUGCAAGAAACAAUAAACGACUUUACUCCUAUCCUUGUCGAGAAUUCACCUUGAAAGAAAGCUUUUGGUUCGCAUUAACAUCUUUUACGCCACAGGGUGGUGGCGAAGCUCCAAAAGCGUUAUCAAGCAGGACAUUGGUUGCGGCUUAUUGGCUAUUUGUUGUAUUGAUGUUGGCGACUUUUACUGCAAAUUUAGCUGCUUUUCUUACUGUAGAAAGAAUGCAGUCGCCUGUGCAAUCGUUGGAACAAUUGGCAAGACAGUCACGCAUAAAUUACACUGUGUUGGCCAAUUCUAGUGCUCAUCAGUAUUUUAAAAACAUGAAAAAUGCCGAGGAUAAGCUUUAUACGGUAUGGAAAGAAAUUACACUGAAUAGCACCAGUGAUCAAGUGGAAUAUCGUGUAUGGGAUUAUCCGAUAAAGGAACAAUAUGGUCAUAUUCUGCAAGCCAUCACUCAAGUUGGACCGGUCAAAACUACCGAAGAAGGUUUUAAAAAGGUAAUAGAAAGUGAAAAUGCUGAAUUUGCAUUUAUUCAUGAUUCGUCGGAGAUAAAAUACGAGGUGACAAAGAACUGCAAUUUAACGGAAGUAGGCGAUGUGUUUGCUGAGCAGCCGUAUGCUAUUGCAGUGCAGCAAGGGAGUCAUUUGCAAGAAGAAAUAAGCAGAAAGAUACUCGAUUUACAGAAAGACAGAUAUUUUGAGACACUGGCAGCCAAGUAUUGGAAUCAGACAUUAAAAUCUCAAUGUCCAAAUUCCGACGACAAUGAGGGAAUUACGUUAGAGAGUUUGGGAGGUGUAUUUAUUGCGACAUUGUUUGGACUGGCAUUGGCGAUGAUCACUUUGGCCGGUGAGGUCCUUUAUUAUCGUAAACGCGGCAUUUCUCAGAAAGGAAAGCCAAAUGACAAAAAGACAAUUAAGGAUAUCGAUAAUGACAAGAUCAUUAUGCAAAAAAUAGCAUCAAAGCUUCGAAUGAAGCCUGCACCUACUGAUGCAGUUUUCGGCAAGCAACUUAGUCAAGCUGCGCCUCGUGUUUCACAUAUUUCCGUUUAUCCACGACAUUUUCCCUUUAAAGAGUAAUCUAAAUUUUUAAGGACGAUUCAUUGUAUUACGGACUCGCAAAUCAUUUCUGGUUAAUUCUUAUGUAUUUUUUGGAGUUUUCUCCUUUUCAAUCACCUUUAAUACUUAGAAUUUAUCACAAAGGUCAAUAAGUAGAAUUUAAGGUGAAUAAAUCGUAUGAUUAAUCAAUAA